CCUGUUGUUUCAUUCUCUUCUCAUCCGCCGCAGAGGAAGAGAGAGAAAGUUAGAGAGAGAUCCAAAAACUACCAUUUCUAUCCCAAAAAAAAAAAAAAAAAAAUAAAAGAAAUUCUUUGAACUAACGUAUAACUACAGUAGAAUAACCGGGAAGAAGAAGAAGAAAUUCAAUUCAAAUUUUCCGCUGUAAAUUGAAAAAAAAACCCUAAUUUUGGUUGAUUUAUCGAAAAUCCGGCAACAAUGGAUACUCGAUUUCCGUACUCGCCGGCGGAAGUAUCGAAAGUUCAUUUGAUUCAGUUCGGAAUUCUCAGUCCAGAUGAGAUCCGGCAAAUGUCGGUGGUGCAAGUGGAGUUUAGCGAGACGACGGAGAGAGGAAAGCCGAAACCAGGUGGUUUGAGUGAUAUGAGGCUUGGAACAAUUGAUAGGAAGCUCAAAUGUGAUACUUGUACGGCGAAUAUGGCGGAAUGUCCUGGUCAUUUUGGACAUCUUGAGCUCGCUAAACCUAUGUUUCAUAUUGGAUUUUUGAAGACUGUGCUUAGUAUUAUGCGUUGUGUUUGCUUCAAUUGCUCUAAGAUUCUCGCCGAUGAGGAAGACCACAAAUUUAAACAAGCAUUGAAAAUUAGGAAUCCGAAAAAUCGGUUGAAGAGAAUAUUGGAAGCCUGCAAAAACAAAAAGAAAUGUGAAGGAGGUGAUUCCUUAGAUGUACAGGAUCAGGAUCAGGAUGAUGGAGAGUCUGCCAAAAAGACUCGUGGUGGCUGUGGUGCACAGCAGCCGACCUUCACUAUUGAAGGUAUGAAAAUUAUUGCUGAAUACAAGAUGACAAAGAAGAAAAGUGAUGAGCAGGAACAACUCCCUGAGCCUGCUGAGAGAAAGCAGCAGCUUUCUGCUGAAAAGGUGCUCAGUGUUCUGAAGAGAGUGAGUGAUGAAGACUGUCAAUUGAUGGGUUUCAAUCCCAAAUAUGCUCGCCCUGACUGGAUGAUUCUGCAAGUUCUCCCUAUUCCUCCACCCCCAGUGAGGCCUUCUGUGAUGAUGGAUACCUCUUCUAGGAGUGAGGAUGAUUUGACCCAUCAAUUAGCUAUGAUUAUUCGUCAUAAUGACAAUCUGAGAAGACAAGAGAGGAAUGGGGCGCCUGCACAUAUCAUCUCCGAAUUUGCCCAGUUGCUGCAGUUUCAUAUUGCUACAUACUUUGACAACGAGCUGCCUGGACAGCCAAGGGCUACGCAACGAUCAGGUAGACCAAUUAAAUCCAUAUGUACAAGGCUGAAAGCCAAAGAAGGUCGGAUAAGAGGCAAUUUGAUGGGAAAACGAGUGGACUUCUCGGCACGUACUGUCAUUACUCCUGAUCCAAAUAUUAAUAUCGACGAACUCGGUGUGCCUUGGAGUAUAGCAUUGAAUCUCACAUAUCCAGAGACUGUGACUCCUUAUAAUAUUGAAAGGUUAAAAGAGCUGGUUGACUAUGGUCCUCAUCCUCCUCCCGGUAAAACUGGGGCCAAAUAUAUCAUCAGAGAUGAUGGUCAGAGGCUUGAUCUCCGUUAUCUGAAGAAGAGUAGUGACCAUCAUUUGGAAUUGGGUUACAAGGUUGAGAGGCAUUUGAAUGAUGGAGACUUUGUGCUUUUUAAUCGACAACCCAGUCUUCAUAAAAUGUCCAUCAUGGGUCACAGAAUAAAGAUUAUGCCCUAUUCCACAUUCCGAUUGAAUCUGUCUGUUACAUCACCUUACAAUGCUGAUUUCGAUGGUGAUGAAAUGAACAUGCAUGUUCCUCAAUCCUUUGAGACUCGUGCAGAAGUUCUUGAGCUAAUGAUGGUUCCUAAAUGUAUCGUUUCUCCACAAGCAAACAAACCUGUCAUGGGAAUUGUGCAGGAUACCCUUUUGGGUUGUCGUAAAAUCACAAAGAGGGAUACUUUUAUUGAAAAGGAUGUUUUCAUGAACACUCUUAUGUGGUGGGAAGAUUUCGAUGGAAAAGUUCCUCAGCCUGCUAUUCUGAAGCCCAGGCCUAUAUGGACUGGAAAGCAAGUAUUCAAUCUUAUCAUACCGAAGCAGAUAAAUCUCAUCAGAUUUUCUGCAUGGCACCAAGAGACAGAAACGGGUUUUCUUACUCCUGGGGAUACUCGUGUAAUGGUAGAGAGAGGAGAGCUACUAUCUGGAACACUGUGCAAGAAGACCCUAGGGUCAUCGAGUGGGAGUUUGAUUCAUGUCAUUUGGGAAGAAGUUGGACCGGAUGCUGCUCGUAAAUUUUUGGGGCACACCCAGUGGCUUGUAAAUUAUUGGCUAUUACAGCAAGCUUUUAGUAUUGGUAUAGGAGAUACAAUUGCUGAUGCAUCAACGAUGGAAACUAUCAAUGAAACUAUAUCGAAAGCUAAAAAUGAAGUGAAAAACCUUAUAAGAACUGCUCAAGAAAAGCAGUUGGAGCCUGAACCUGGACGUACUAUGAUGGAAUCAUUUGAAAACAGAGUUAAUCAGGUUUUGAAUAAAGCUCGUGAUGAUGCUGGAAGUAGUGCCCAGAGGAGUCUUUCUGAGAGUAACAACCUAAAGGCUAUGGUUACUGCAGGGUCCAAAGGAAGUUUUAUCAACAUUUCCCAGAUGACUGCUUGUGUAGGACAGCAGAAUGUUGAAGGAAAACGAAUACCUUUUGGUUUUGUUGGUCGAACGUUGCCCCAUUUCACAAAGGAUGAUUACGGUCCAGAAAGUCGUGGGUUUGUGGAGAAUUCGUAUCUGAGAGGAUUAACUCCUCAGGAGUUCUUUUUCCAUGCUAUGGGUGGUAGAGAAGGUUUAAUUGAUACUGCUGUUAAAACCUCUGAGACUGGCUACAUACAGCGGAGACUGGUUAAGGCUAUGGAGGAUAUCAUGGUUAAAUAUGACGGCACUGUUAGAAAUUCCCUUGGAGAUGUCAUACAGUUUCUCUAUGGUGAAGACGGCAUGGAUGCUGUUUGGAUAGAAUCCCAAAAAUUAGAUUCUCUGAAAAUGAAGAAGACAGAAUUUGAAGCUACAUACAGAUAUGAGUUCGACGCUGACAAUUGGGAGCCAGACUACAUGUUGAAAGAGCAUGUGGAUGAUCUGAAAACCAUUCGUGAGUUCCGUAAUGUGUUUGAUGCAGAAGUCCAAAAACUUGAAGCAGAUAGAUGUCAACUUGCGAAAGAUAUUGCAACUACAGGUGACAAUUCUUGGCCAUUGCCUGUGAACCUUAAGAGGCUCCUGUGGAAUGCCCAAAAGACCUUUAAGGUUGACAUGCGAGAAAAGUCUAAUAUGCACCCGAUGGAAAUCGUGGAAGCUGUAGAUCAGCUUCAGGAGAGGUUGAAAGUAGUUCCUGGUGAUGACUUCUUGAGCAAGGAGGCUCAGAAGAAUGCUACCCUAUUCUUUAAUAUCUUGCUUCGUAGUACGUUGUCCAGCAAACGUGUCUUGAAGGAGUUCAAGCUUAACCGUGAAGCAUUUGACUGGGUUAUUGGUGAGAUAGAGUCUCGGUUUUUGCAAUCUCUUGUAGCUCCUGGGGAAAUGAUAGGUUGCGUUGCUGCCCAGUCAAUUGGUGAGCCUGCCACUCAGAUGACACUUAACACUUUUCACUAUGCUGGUGUUAGUGCUAAGAAUGUCACUCUUGGUGUUCCAAGGUUGAGGGAAAUUAUCAAUGUGGCAAAGAAAAUCAAAACUCCUUCUCUAUCGGUGUUUUUGAACCCGGAAAUUAGCAAGACAAAAGAAAGGGCGAAAAAUGUCCAAUGUACUUUAGAAUAUACUUGUCUGCGAAGUGUUACACAUGCCACUGAAGUGUGGUAUGAUCCAGAUCCUAUGAGCACCCUUAUUGAUGAGGAUGUGGACUUUGUCAGGUCGUACUAUGAAAUGCCAGAUGAAGAGGUUUCACCGGAUAAAAUUUCUCCUUGGUUGCUUCGUAUAGAAUUGAAUCGUGAAAUGAUGGUGGACAAAAAAUUAAGCAUGGCUGAUAUUGCGGAGAAAAUCAACUUGGAAUUCAGUGAUGACAUGACGUGUAUCUUCACUGAUGACAAUGCUGAAAAGCUGAUCCUUCGUAUUCGUAUUGUGAAUGAUGAAGGUCAAAAGGGUGACAUGGAAGAUGAUUCUGCUGAGGAUGAUGUAUUUUUGAAAAAGGUUGCAGGUAGCAUGCUGACUGAGAUGGCACUUAAAGGAAUUCCAGAUAUCAACAAGGUCUUCAUCAAACAGAGUAAAGUGAAUAAAUUUGAUGAGGAGAAGGGUUUCAAGGCUGAAACUGAAUGGAUGCUGGAUACUGAAGGUGUCAAUCUUCUUGCUGUUAUGUGUCAUGAAGAUGUGGAUGCAACAAGGACGACGAGUAAUCACUUGAUUGAAGUUAUGGAAGUUCUUGGAAUUGAGGCUGUUCGUAAGGCCUUGCUAGAUGAGUUGCGAGUUGUUAUUUCUUUUGAUGGAUCAUAUGUGAAUUAUCGUCAUUUGGCCAUUUUGUGUGAUACAAUGACAUAUCGUGGACAUUUGAUGGCUAUUACUCGUCAUGGUAUCAAUCGGAAUGAUACGGGGCCUUUAAUGAGAUGCUCAUUUGAAGAAACUGUGGAUAUUCUUCUUGAUGCUGCUGUGUAUGCGGAGUCGGAUUAUUUGAGGGGUGUAACUGAAAAUAUCAUGUUGGGACAGCUAGCACCAAUUGGGACUGGUGGCUGUUCAUUAUAUCUUAAUGAGGAGAUGUUACAGCAUGCUAUUGAACUCCAGCUCCCAAGUUAUGUGGAAGGUUUGGAAUUUGGGAUGACGCCUGCACGUUCGCCCAUUGCUGGAACACCUUACCAUGACGGGAUGAUGUCUCCAAGUUACUUGUUUAGCCCAAACCUCCGACAUUCACCCAUCUCAGAGAAUGCUGCCUUUUCUCCCUUUGUUACUAACAUGGCCUUCUCUCCUGCUGCAUCACCUAAUUAUGGUGGGGGAUCACCUGGAUACAGCCCCACUUCACCGGGAUACAGCCCUACUUCACCCGGCUAUAGCCCUACUUCUCCUGGAUAUAGCCCUACCUCGCCGACUUACAGUCCUUCGUCUCCUGGGUACAGUCCAACAAGCCCAGCAUAUUCACCCACGAGCCCUUCAUACUCUCCCACCUCACCCAGCUACAGCCCCACUUCGCCGAGCUACAGCCCUACUUCGCCGAGCUACAGCCCCACUUCCCCGAGCUACAGCCCCACUUCUCCAGCUUACAGCCCUACCUCACCGGCAUACAGCCCUACCUCACCAGCUUACAGCCCCACUUCGCCGUCAUACAGCCCCACGUCACCAUCGUACAGCCCCACGUCGCCAUCAUACAGCCCCACGUCGCCAUCGUACAGCCCCACUUCGCCAUCAUACAGCCCCACAUCGCCUUCGUAUAGUCCGACUUCACCUGCUUACAGUCCUACUUCCCCAGGAUAUAGUCCCACGUCUCCUAGCUAUAGUCCUACGUCUCCAAGCUAUAGUCCUACAUCUCCAAGCUAUAAUCCGUCAGCCAAAUACAGUCCCUCACUUGCAUACUCUCCAAGCAGUCCAAGAAUAUCACCUUCCAGUCCUUACAGUCCUACCUCUCCAAACUACAGUCCGACAUCACCGUCUUACUCGCCAACAUCGCCAUCCUACUCGCCUUCAAGCCCAAGUUAUAGUCCAAGCAGCCCUUAUAGUUCAGGUCCAAGUCCGGAUUAUAGCCCCAGUUCUCCACAAUACAGUCCAAGUGCGGGUUAUUCUCCAAGCGCUCCUGGUUAUUCACCAUCAUCCACCAGUCAGUACACCCCACAAACGAGUGACAAGGAUGAUAAGAGCAGCCGCUGAAGUAACAGGGCAGAAAACUCCCCAUAUGAUGCAUUGUUCAUUAAAGUAAACGGACUUGUAUUUGCAGCUACCCAAGUGACUCGAGUUUUUGUUUCAAAGAUUUGGAGUUGGUCGAGGAUCCUAUUUUUUCGGGUAUAUGUAAUCACGAUCUUGCUGCUUGUUUCAUCGCUCAAAAUAGACGGGUUUUGUACGAGAAUCUGAUAUUGUAAAAAUGGAGUACAAUGUGUUAUUUAUCCAAUUAUCUCGUGUUUACCGAGAUUUAAACAGUUUCCUUUAUACUAGUACAAGUUUUAUUAUUGUAGUAGUAAAUAUAUAACAGGGAAUUGCAUCGCAGCAUUUUCUUCCUGCUGAUGAGAAGUCUGAUGAAUCUGUAUUUUGUAUAAUUUGUAGCUUACAAGAUUUUUCGACUUUUCAAUCUUUUCGUCUUUUUUAUUGGAGUCAUUCAAAUUCUGUAGAAGUCUGCAUUUAGAUUUU